GCCGAAUGGGACGUACGCAUCUCGUCCCUUUAAAAACAUCGAUAUCAUCCGUUACUUAUACUUUAGCAUCUCUAUUUUUAAAUUAUAUUUUUUAAGGAAGUAUUAGAGGCCAGUGUUGUGUAAACAAAUAUUGGAUUUGUUGUGCCAGUUCAUGGACUUUUUGGCUGAUUUUCUCGUCUUUUUGUAUUGGUUUCGGUUUCAGAGAAGGAGACAAAAAAUAUAUAAUAACUAUGAACGAUGACUUUGCGGUACUGAGGACAUAGUGAACAUUAUUUAAACAUUUUGUGAAGAUGGCUAACAAAUCGCAUACACUUUUGGAAAUAUUCCAAGAGAUUUUGGCUGCAUCUGGCAAUGCUUCGGAUAGUAGUAUUAAUGAGACUCAGAUCGUGUCUGUGCUGCGGGAGCAGGCGAGCCGUGGUGCCAGUGGGAGUGAGAUGGAGUCUCUCUUAGUAAGGAUGAUGAAGGACGCUAAGAGCAAACUCAAUUUGACCUUGAAACCGGACACUUGUGGCUACUGCGAAGGUGACUUCAGAGACAUAAUUAUGGCGUACAAUGGAAUCCAUGGAUAUGUUAGUUUACUGGUUUGCACUAUAGGAGUAUUGGCCAACACAAUGAACAUUGCUGUGCUGACAAGAAGAGACAUGGCUGCCGCUCCUAUAAACCGACUCCUCAAAUGGCUGGCUGUGGCUGACGUCUUCGUGAUGAUUGAAUAUGUACCCUUCGUUAUUUAUAGACAUUUGGUCCUGCCGGAAAAAUUGGAUUUUCCGUACUCGUGGGCGAUGUACCUGCUGUUUCAUAUGCACUUCGCUCAGAUACUACACACCGCGUCUAUAUGCCUCACCCUGUCACUCGCUAUAUGGAGAUAUUUGGCUAUAAAGUACUCAGACAAAAGUCACAUAUUGUGCACGGAGAGGAGGUGUAGCAUCGCAAUCUUAACGAGUUUCAUAUUGCCUCCUAUAUUGUGCGCACCUACUUUCAUGGUUUUCGAUAUACACACGAAAAACGUGACAGACAAAUUUGGCAACCCAGACAUUGCGUACCAUGUGGACUCAGAUUACCAAGGGACACUGUAUCAAGCCAAUUUCUGGGUGCAUGGUGUCGUCAUCAAACUGCUGCCCUGUUCCAUACUCACAGUGAUCAGUAUCUGGCUUAUACGAGCGCUCUACAAUGCGAACCAGCACCAGAAGAAACUGAGGAACUAUAACACCUGUCCAGCUGCUGAGAAAAUGGUAAAGAGGCAGAACAAAGCAGACAAAAGAACUGAUAGAACAACGAAGAUGUUAUUAGCCGUGCUACUGCUGUUCCUCGUGACGGAACUGCCUCAAGGAAUCAUGGGAUUGAUGAGUGGUCUCCUCGGGUGGUGCUUCUUCAAGCGAUGCUACGAUCUGUUUGGGGAGCUGAUGGACUUUUUGGCGCUGUUGAAUGGAGCUAUAAACUUCGUGUUGUACUGCUCAAUGUCGCGGCAGUUUCGGCAGACGUUUAGGCAGUUGCUGUUGCAGCCACAUCUCGCGAGGUUCCUGCCACCCACAGCGUCACAUUCCGACUCUCACAACCAAAACACGUGCACAGAAAAGAUAAAAAGGUAACUACAGCCGAGCUUCAAUAUAAAUAUGGAUAUUGCAAAGACGUCUGUGCCGUGAGGACGCGUGAAACACGGGCACGCCCCAGUGGUGAGAGAACAUUUUCUAUAGUGAACUGUGAAAUGUGACAGUGCUUUAGUCCGUAUGUUCAGUGUUAAAGAGUAAAGAGUGUGACCCUGUUCAUAUACGAAGAGUACCUCUUGUAGUACGCGCGUACUACGAUAGCAAGAAGAGCGCGCGCUGUACGCAUAGUAAUCGUAUCGUCAGAGUAUUGCACGCAUGUAUUAUGAGAGCAAAAAAAGCAUAAGUACGUAGUGUGUGCAGGGUACCUAAAUAAACCUCGGUUUUGAAUGGCUCAUUCCAGUACAGGAUCUUAAAACUUAGUCAAUUUUAAAAUAAUUUGUCCAUAGAAAUUGCAGUUAUUCAUUUAGAUUACAUGACUCUUUUGUUUUAAUACUAAAACGAAAGGCAGAAAAGCAGAUAUUGUAUUUUUUGUUUAUCAAGGCGCUAAGAGGAUUAAAGGUCUGAUGCCCACAAUGGGCACACAUGUUAUAUUCCAAAAACCUAAUUUUUUUUUAUUGCCAGCUAUAUAUAUCUAUAGGUAUUUUAGACAACCAAUCAUUAUUGAAAACGCAAGUUAUAAAGAUUUGAGAAAAGUUUCGAUUCGCCUUUCAAAAACUGAGGUUUAAUGUUAACGGCGAUAAUUGGUUUACCACGAAGUACUUUAAGAGUUUAUUGAAUGUUUCGCUAAUGUGUCGUUGUUGUGUCAGAUUCAGCCUGAAAAUGUAUUUCAGUUGACGUUUGAAGAUUGUAAAUAGUAGUAUACCAAAGAAUUGUAUUGCGAAUAUAAAUAUACCAAAUAAUAUUGCUGAAUUACUUUUUCUGUUAUUAGCAUCCAUCUUCAUAGCUCUUUGUUCGUAAGUCUAUACAAGAUAUUUAUUUUUGUAAUAGAACCUAAAACGCCUCGGUGUAGGAUAAUAAGAAGAUUAUUUUUGACAGAAAAGAUUACGUAAGAUGAAGUGGAUUGUAGUGUUUCUCUUACUUGAAGUAAUUCUGUUACAUUUACAAUUCCUAGUAUCAAAUAAUGUACAUAUUUGUAAGGUUUAUUUAUGAAUACAAAAGCUAUGAAAGUUAUACCUAAGUCUAUUUAAGAACAGUAUUUGCUAAAGAGAGAUUAAACAAAAUAAAAUGGAGCAAUUGUAAGAUUCCUUAUGUCCAAUGUUUGU